AAUUCUUACUAACAGUACCGAUAAAAUGGUGCCAUUCCAUUGCUUCCAACCACUUUAUCCUGCAUUUGAUUUGAAAACUAAUCAUGUUUUGGUGGAGAGCUAAAACUCAUCACAUCAUCGGCAAUGACAGAGCGUCACUCGGUUAUAGCUUAUAGGGUGAUAAACUAAGAUAACGGCAACAAUUUGGGUGAUUGAGGUGCACUGUUUUACUCCAUUUAUGUCCUUGAUAAUGAUAAUGAUUGUCUUUAGGCUCUUUGGAUUAUUAUUAUCAUCCCCGCUGUGGUUGCCGAUGCUCUUGUUCAGUGGCGACAUCCAAAAAAUCUGUCUCGUAGUAAUGAUGGAUUUAGAAACUAAAACUGCUGUGCAAAGAACUGCAGCUCCCUGCAUGAACUGUAGUUAUAAAAGGAGCAGCGUAACCAAUGAAUCAGGAGCAUAAUUAAUAUUUUCUUGUCAUUUGUUUGCAGUAGCAGAGCAGAAAGGAGGGAUGAUGAGGUUGAAAGGAGCUCAUAGGGCUGAGCGGUCGUACCUGCUGAUAAAUGCAGAGAGAAUAAACCUGCCACUUUGGGCUGCAGGAAAGCUCUGCUCCUAUUUUUAGAGCUGUCCUUUGUGACAACCUGCUCUGCUUCACUGUGCCGAGUUACAAAAGCCUCCGUUCUGAAUAGAUGUUGUGUAGGAGCUACAGCAGCAGUUUGUUGUACACUGUCGUUUUAUUUUUGACUGUUUUGACUCAGACAAGCUAAACAGCUUUCAGCUCAUAAAACAUGUCUCCUUUUAGAAAAAGUGGCAAUUUUAUUUUCAUUUAAAAUACAAUUAACUAAAAUUACCCAAUAGAAAAGUUAAACCUUUUCAACUUUGACAGUAUUUUUAAAUCAAGGGAAGUUUAUUAUCAGGGUAUUUAUUAUCAGUUAUUGUCAUUGCUGGUAGAAAGUGUCUUUCUUUUAUACAGAUACAGCGUGACUAUGCUUUUUUAACACUUUAUGUAAAGUCUUUAUGUGUCCUUGUAUUGAACACUCACAGCCUUCAUUCUCGUCUGGGACAACAAAAGCAACACGCGUGUUUGUAGAUAUUAAUAGCUGGAUAUCAAACGUUUUGAAGAAAAUGGAGCAGAUAUUUUUGGAGACCGUUCACGCUCUAUAAUCCAUCAGAAAUGGUGGCUGGUGGGAGUGAAAACAACAAGAUACUUGCUAACUAGUUUAUAGAGCAUGAUUACUGGCAUUUCAUAUGCUUUUCAUGUCACUUUUAACAUUCAAAGUCCUUCCUGUUAUUUUCAAAAGACUUGACAAAUGACAUUUAUGUGGAUGAUAAUGAGCCUGCGUGUUGACAUUCACACUGUCCUCUGGUCUGUGAUUUGUCUUAAUAAAAUAAAAACAUUUUUUUGAAUAAAUAAUUGCAGAAUUAAUCUGUUUCAUGCUGAGUUCAGUUAAAACUGUAUUUUAUAAAACUUCUUAGGUGAUGAUAAAGAUUAAACAGGGUUUACAUGAGCUGAGUUUUUUUAUGUUCCUCAUAAUGUUAUUUUAACUCAUUAACUGCCAGCCGUUUGCUGAUCAGAAAAGCCCUUCUUUGCCAGUGUAGAACGUUUCGCGCCAGGAUGAUGUCAACGCCAAAACUACUAAAACAAAGAGUAGACUCACCUCUUACAUCAGGAAGAAUCCGCAUUUCGAGCAUUGUCCGUUCUUUCAUAAUCCGUUGUCCAAUUGUGAUUGGCAGAAACUUUUCCGGUUUGCGCCUCACUUUGUUUACAGCAGUGGCCCAAAACAAUCUCCUAACACAUGGAUUUUCUGCUUCCUGUUCAACUGAUGUUUGAUGUACGUGGAUGAAGAACGGCUUUAGAGCUGGGAUAUUUGUUCUCACGGUGAGGAGGCUCAUUCCGACGCCCACACAGUAAAAAACAAAAUAAUGCAAAUAACGACUUUAGUCAGAGACCUAACUUCACAUGACUUUAGUCGUCAAUGGCAGUGAAUGAGUUGGAGACUUGAUUCACAGAGAAGUUGUUUCUUGCUUAUUUUUAAAGUCGAAUUGGUCACUCUGCGUUAACCAGGAAAGCUGAACUUAAAAAUAGUCUUCUGCCCAUUUUUUCUGCAUUAGGUGCCAACAGAUAAUGGACAGAGAAAUGUUUGGAUUAAAAAAGCCAGUCAGACCUACAUCACAUUGAAAAUUAGCCUUCACGGACUCACCGUGAUUCCAUGAGAGGAGGAGAAUUAUAGCACAUCUCAGCUAGUAGAAGCUAGCUGUUAGCAUUAUCAAGUUCACAACAUGGCAUAACUCCAUCAGGCUCGUGUUAUUUGUGGUGAUAAAACAUCAAUGUUGCAAAGAAAACAGAGGCAGUAGUAGAGUUGUGUUGCUGUUGGCCAGUCAGAGGCAAAAUGCCAGAAACUUUUUCACUUAAGAAAUAUCUCCAAACUGUGAAGGUUGGUGUCAAAGCAUGAACUUGAAAUAGUUAUCCAUGCCUUUAUCUCCUCCAGUUUGGAUUACUGUAACACACUUUUCACACGCUUUAACAAAAAAGCCCCUGACCGCCUUCAGUUGGUCCAGAGCUCUGCAGCGAGCCUCCUAACUGGAGCAAAUAGAAGAGCACACAUCACACCUAUUCUAAUGUCUCUGCACUGGUUACCCGUUAACUUUAGAGUUCAUUUUAGAAUCCUGACUAUAACUUUCAAUGCUCUCCAUGGUCAAGCUCCUCCCUAUAUUACUAAACUGUUAAAGCCUUAUUCUCCAACCCAGCCCUCAGGUCCACCCACCAGAACCUUCUAGAAGUUCCAAAGACCAGAUAUAAAAGUCGAGGUGAUCGCUCCUUCCAGACGUUGCACGCCAACUUUGGAAUGAUCUUCCUUUAUCCUUACGUAGCUUUGACAGUCUGGACACUUAAAAAUCAGCUAAAGACCCUUUUAUUUAAAGCUGCUUUUAGCUAAACCUUUUAUUUUCUUAUUUUUAACUCAAAUUUUUUAUCUUUCAACUGUUUAUGAAAUUUUAUAAUUUUAUGACUUUAUUUUCUCUGAUAUUAAUCUAUUUCUGUUUUAAGAUCAUUAUGAUUUUAUUUUGUUUUGAUCUAUGUGAAGCACUCUGUGACUCUGUCUGUGAUAAGUGCUGUAUAAAUAAAACUUACUUACUAAAAUAGGACUCCAAAUACUGCUUUGUUCAGCUCAUCUCUCCUCUGACUCACUUCUACUUCCUGAAACUGGAGUGCCAGAGCUUUUUUCUCACAGAGAUCGACUCACAAGGAAUUCAUUUUUACUCGUAGAACUUGCUUUUAUUUAAACACAUCCUAAUAACUUUUGUGUUUUAUUUAGCACGAGAACAAAUAUUGGGUUCACAUUUUCACUUUUCCAGUUUUUUCUUUUAAAUCUUUUUAUAUGUUUAACAAUAACGCUAACGUGAUAAACUGAACUGAAUUCAUACUUUAGUUUUGUAAAGGAGAAGUGUGGAAGCUAAUAUCUUUCAAGACGUUUCUGUUUUCUAGUCAUAAUUCUUUUACUUUUAGUUCCAUGUUGCUUCAUGGAUUUUAUCUUUUAGGUUAAAGAUUAGAAACAUGAAGCAUGCCUGAGUGCAGCUGACUGUCAUGUUCAUGCCACCUCCCGUGUUUAUUAAAGAGCUAAAGACUUCUAGUUCAUAACCUUCCAGUUAGCCUAUAACUCGAUCUGGAAAUGUUGGGUAACUGAUUAACUUUUCUCUCCGUGGCAAACUUCUGCUAAUAAAACUCUGAAAGCAUCUCACUUCAUUCCACCUUUUCAUUUAUGCAGACUUUAGCAGGUGUAGCUGUACAACAAAUGCUUUGUUCCACGAACCUACACGUGUAAUCUUUUAGGCGUGCCUGGCAGCCUGCGUUUCUAUCAAAUUUUUUCCAGUGCAGUGUGCAAGUGACAACAGCUUGAAAAAUGAAGUAAUCCUGCAGGCUGCAGCAGCUAUGAAAAUGGAGUCUCUUUAUUAGAUCAUCUUCCUUGCUUGCACAAUGCUAUUUAGAGCCAUUGUAAUGGGACCGAUGUCAUUGAUUAAUGUUCUUUUUGCACGUGGCCUUCUGUUGGCUUACAUCAAAUUCACCGAACAACGUUAGACACCGAUUAAUAAAUCAAAGUAUGCAAGUUUGAUCAUCUAAUGGCUGCUGAGUGUCCAUCAGAAGGCCAAUUUGAUUGAACCACACACCCCAACACCGUUACCCAUCCAUGAUGUGGUUUUUGUAUGUUAUCUGUGGGAUUAAAGAAGUGUUAUUUUUGCUGACUCAUUUUUAAGGUGUUAUAGUCACCCAUGGAUUGCCUGCCUACUUGUUUGAAAGCAAAACAAAAAAUCUGCAACAUUGAACUUGUUCUUAAAAGUGUACAUUUACAGCUUCCCCACUUCUGGACUUAAAUUAGACGUCUAUUGUUAUAUCAUUAACUAGGGAUGUGCAUUGGUGAAAUUCUGCCGAUACAAUACGUAUUACGAUACAGGGGAGACGAUACAAUAUAUUACGAUACAUUCAGUCAGACGAUAUUGGCGAUUUUUUUAGACUAAAUUUAUUAUAGGAAAAUUCAAUAAACAGUCCAAUUUGAUACUUAACAUGUUUAACCAUAACAGAGGGAUUUACAUUUCAGUGGUAGAAACAAAACCCAUUACACACUGCUGCCAACUAGUGGUCGGCUUUUGAAUUGCACCACAAGAAAAGAAAAUACACAAAUGUUCCCCAGGGAAAUUCUUCCAAUAAUUAGAUACACGACUUUUGAAUAUCGAUAAAUUUUUGCAAGAAAAAAUAUCACGAUAUAUUGCGAUAUCGAUAUUUUUGAUACAGAGCUUUAGAAUAUCGAUAUAAUAUCGCUGGGAAAAAUAUCACGAUAUAUUGCUAUAAUCGACAUUUUCUUACAUCCCUAUCAUUAACCAUGCCCUUUUAAUGUUAAUUGUUGUAUCUUUUUGAUACAAAAAGCCCCUUUCUAGUAAAAAAUCAAAUAAACAAAUAUUUUGUAAUCUACAUUUAAAACAGAAGCGUGCCUCUUUUGGUAUUUUAUUAGAAACGUUCUGUUUUCUUUGCAAUGAAGCCUGAACCACAUCCAUGUGUCACAUGUUUCUGCACGGCUGUUUCUCCCUACAAGUGUAAUUAGGUUUUUACAGCUCCAAUGCUUUGCAUCAGCAAGCAAAACAGCAUGCGUGGCCGAGUUGAUCACGCCGAGUUUGCAGUCUGUUUACGAAUGACACACAAGGCCGCUCCUCACACCAUCUCCUGCAUUUGGCACACACUACCACUGAACAUGAAUGUUUGUAUUAUUCUCAGAUUCACUGUCAGAUUCUGUAAAGAUCAUUGGUCUCCUGUGUGUUUUCCUUCACAUUUAGCUUCCUAUUAGUAGAAAAAAUAAAUAAGUAUGCUCAGUUAAUACUAGAGAGCUGCAAAUAAGGGGGGUUGGGCAGAAGGUUUGGCAAUUCCCCAGGCACAGUCUCGUUGCCACAGUGAUGUAAUGAUGCCCCCGUCCUCAUCCCCCUUGAGGCAAUUGUUGGAGACAUUAAUGACUUGACUGCACCUGAGCUUUUUUGUUGUUUUGAAACAUUACAUCAUGGUUUGGGGCAAGAGAGGUGAUGUCAUCCAGGGUCUCCAGGCUUCUCCCCCCACCCCCAACCCACUCUCUCUCUCACUCACACACACACACACACACACACACACACACACACACACACACACACACACACGCUUUGGCUGGAUCAGCAUCAAAACCAGCUCGUACUACGCUGCUUUCGAGACACAGUGUGAAGCAGAGAAUUUUUUUAUUCAAAGGUCUGGGCGUCAGUUGUCUCCAUUCUUAAUAAAUGUGUCAAAUGAAUUGUCUUUUUGUGGAUCUUAUUUUUAAUACAGGUGUUGGUUAUUUUUAGGCACAGCACAGAUAUCACAUUUGAUGAUCUGUUUAUGGGGUUGUUGGCAUGUUUUCCCCACACAAUUAAGAUUUGGUAAUUUAGUAUUAAGCUAGAAAAUCACCACAUGAAUCCUUAAUGAACUGCUGCUGUCUGGGAUUACUACAACUGAUUUCCCUGUUUUUCAGUUAAGUGCACAAUCCUCCAACGGACUUAGGAUACUGAAAAUUUCCCAUCACAGCUUCCAGUUUGCAAAUACAGUUUGCAACACACACACACACACACACACACACACACACACACACACACACACACACACACACACACACAUGUUUUGUUUGAGGAAAUAAAAUAAAACUGUAUAGGAAGUUGUGUUUGAAGCAUUUUAUGUUCUGAAAUGUUUCAGAUAUUGCAAAAUGACAAAACUGUUUCCAAAACAGCAAAAAUGGCAUGAGAAUAACUGAUUAUGUAGCAAGAUGAAAAACUCAAGAUUGAGGCUGGCAACAAUGUCUCAGAUGCAUGACAACAUAAUUAUAAGCAAAAUGAAUAAAAUAUUUAUUGUCACAUCUCCAGUUUGAGGUUUUCUUGGAGAUAAGGUUUACAUUCUGUCAGCCAGUCUAUCCUUUAAUUGUUUGUGAACCAUGUUUUGCUUCUUCUGUUAUAUAAAAUACAACUGCUUUAAAGUUAGUUGUUAUGCUGGACCAUAUAACUUCCAGUAAAGACAUAAGCUACAUAAACAAACACGAUUGUCCCUUAAUAUGACAGAUCUGAGAAUUUAAAUAGUUCCAUUUGUUGCUUGAAGCUUUCCCAGUGAUGCUGCUGCACAUCCAGCUGAGGGAAGGUGAAGUGUCACAGCCUAUUGCCACUUUCUCCUGUCGGUUUCAUGCUGCUCUCCUCCCCUCCCUCCUCCAUUUCGGCAUGUCUCGCUGCCUCCGUCGCCACAGCAACUGAAGGCCCUGGAGGGUGUGUAGGGGGCUGGCUGGGUGGGUGUGUGGGGCUUGUGCUCACCCAGUUGCCAUGGUUAUCACAGCCGAGUAACAGUGUGACAAUGUUGCUGCCAGUCUCUGCAGCAAGACUGCUGUUUCCUCUUCCUCUGCGUUCCAGCUCGUCCACCUUUUUAAUUUCCUGAAAAAGCCCCACAGCUCCUUUUUUUUACCCAUCAACAUUUUACUCGUUUUCCUCCAAGAGGAAGUGCUACAACAUCCCUGCCCAGGAAAUGGUUUUCCUGCAAUCUGUUACUAUGCCAACCAGUUCCAGCUGCUGUCUUGUGCCAGAAUGAGUGUGAUAAUGGCUUCUCAUUUAAUUUCUUCAGCCCUCUUCAUCAGUCUGUCUCCUCUAGAUUUUUCAUGGUUCUUGUGUGUAUGUCUAAUUCUCAUUUUAUUCCAUUCUCAUUUUCUCCCAUCCAUCAUUCUUCUUCUAACUAUUCUGCUUGAUGCACAGCCACAGCAUCACCGUCAUGCAGGGAGGGGGGCCCUCCACCCCUCCUCCACCUCUGACACAUAUACACACCUCGCUCCAAACAAACCGCUGGCGCUAACUGACAGUACCUCCGCGCAGGCUGCGGGCGUUUCAGACCUGAGAUAAUCUAAUGGUGCACAAAGGCGUGUGCGUGCGUGUGUGCUGCUGCUUCACGUUCGUUAGAGGGAGGGAGGAGAGGAGGUAGAGAGAAAAGGCGGAGGGAAAAAACGUGAAAGUGUUGUCAGCCAUUUUCUCAUCUUUUUUUUUUCCGGUUUUCUGCUCCCUAAUCGGCGCGCCGCUGCUCUCCGACAGGAGAUGUGAAGAGCGAAGGGAAGUCGACUGUUCUUACUGGGAUAAACGGAUUUCUUUUUUUUUUCUCCUUCCUCUGCGGGUGUGAUAUCUGUAGCUCGACUGGAAUAAACGUUGGUGUCGCUGUUUUGGAGAGUCAGAUCAGGCUCGAGGAACAGCGGAUACUCCCCAAACUGUCGAGCCGCCGCCUCCUUCUGGGGAGACGGCGCAGCUGAGGGAGGGGAGAGGGCAGCUCGCAGAAGAUGGGGGUCUACGCUGGGAUUUAGACCAGCUCCGGGAUGAUAGAUGUUAGUCCGGUCAACAUUUCUUCAUUAUGAAACCAUUAGCAGCAUCAGACAGCAAUGGAGUCCCGAGCCAGCAAGAUAAAACCCCGCUCCCUGCAGACUUCAGCAGACUUCACCUGGCCGACGGCUUACACCCACAGGUGACCCACGUCUCCUCCAGCCACUCAGGAUGUAGUAUCACCAGCGACUCUGGAAGCAGCAGCCUGUCAGACAUCUACCAGGCCACAGAAAACGAGCCAGGUGACAUGGACCUGAGCGGCCUGCCAGAGACCGCCGUCGACUCUGAAGAGGAUGAUGAUGAGGAGGACAUCGAGCGAGCGUCAGACCCCCUCAUGAGCCGGGACAUUGUGCGGGACUGUCUGGAGAAAGACCCCAUGGACAGAACGGACGAUGAUAUUGAGCAACUACUGGAGUUCAUGCAUCAACUGCCAGCAUUUGCUAACAUGACCAUGUCAGUGAGGAGGGAACUCUGCGCCGUCAUGGUGUUUGCAGUAGUGGAACGCGCCGGCACCAUCGUUCUGAAUGACGGAGAGGAGCUGGACUCGUGGUCGGUGAUCCUGAAUGGCUCAGUGGAAGUGACACACCCCGACAGCCGGACAGAGAUCCUGUGUAUGGGAAACAGUUUUGGGGUGUCACCAACAAUGGAGAAGGAGUACAUGAAAGGUGUCAUGAAGACCAAGGUGGACGACUGCCAGUUUGUAUGUAUAGCCCAGCAAGAGUACUGCUGCAUCCUUAACCAGGUGGAAAAGAACAUGCAGAAGGUUGAGGAGGAGGGAGAGAUUGUUAUGGUGAAGGAGCACCGUGAACUAGACCGCACUGGCACCAGGAAAGGACACAUCGUCAUCAAGGGCACACCAGAGCGUCUCACCAUGCACCUGGUGGAGGAGCACUCAGUGGUGGACCCAACCUAUAUAGAGGACUUCCUGUUGACCUACAGGACCUUCCUCUCCAGCCCCAUGGUCGUGGGCAAGAAGCUCCUGGAGUGGUUUCACGACCCCAGUCUCAGGGACAAGGUUACACGGGUAGUCUUGCUGUGGGUAAACAAUCACUUCAAUGACUUUGAGGGAGAUCCUGCCAUGACUCACUUUUUGGAGGAAUUUGAAAACAAUCUGGAGAAAGAAAAAAUGUGUGGACACCUCAGACUGUUAAAUAUAGCAUGUGCUGCUAAAGCCAAGCCACGGCUGGUGACACUGACCAAGCCAUCCAGGGACUCUCCUUUGGCGUUCAGCCUCCUUGGAGGUCAGGAGAAAGGUUUCUCUGUCUUCAUUGAUGCCGUGGAGCCAGGAAGCAAAGCAGCAGAAGCUGGUCUCAAGCGUGGGGAUCAGAUCUUGGAGGUCAAUGGGCAAAAUUUUGAAAACGUCCAGUUCAGUAAAGCCAACGAGAUUCUUAAAAACAACACCCACUUGUCGAUAACUGUGAAGACAAAUCUUUUAGUGUUUAAAGAGCUGCUAACACGGCCAGAACAUGACCACGACUUGGAUGUGGAUGAAGAACUUGACAGGAAGAACGGAGCUCCCCACUUACCAAAGAUUGGGGACAUUAAGAAGGCCAGCCGCUACUCCAUACCAGACCUGGCUGUGGACGUGGAGCAGGUUAUUGGUCUGGAGAAAGCCAGCAAGAAGGCCAAGACCAAUACAGUCGGAGGGCGCAACAAAUUAAAAAAGAUCUUUGAUAAGACACUCACCAGCAUCCUGCCUCCCAAACCAUACAAUGAUGUUUGCGUUGGCCAAUCACAAGACGACAGCAUAGUGGGGAUGAAGCAGUCCAAACAGAUCCCACCAGCUCUGCCGGUCAGUGGAAACCUGUCGUCCUCAAACCCAGACCUCCUGCAGUCGCAUCACCGCAUCCUGGACUUCAACAACCAGCCUGUAUCGGUCAUUCUGAACAUGUCCGACCAAGUGUUACGAGUCUUCAAGGCGGACCAGCAGUCUCGGUACAUCAUGAUCGGGAAGGACACCACGGCUAAAGAGGUGGUGGCCCAGGCCAUCAGGGAGUUUGCUGUGACUGCAGCAGCCGAGGCUUACUCUUUGUGUGAGGUGUCAGUCACACCAGAGGGCGUCAUCAAACAGAGGCGACUACCAGAUCAGCUCUCUAAACUAGCUGACAGAAUUCAAUUAAGUGGCAGAUACUACCUGAAGAGCAACAUGGAGACAGAGACGCUGUGCUCAGACGAGGAUGCCCAGGACCUCCUUCGAGAAGGCCAGAUCUCUUUGUUGCAGCUCAGCACCGUGGAGGUGGCCACCCAGCUCUCCAUGAGAGCCUUUGAACUUUUCUGCGCCAUCGAGCCCACCGAGUACAUCGACGACCUGUUCAAGCUGCACUCAAAGACCGGCUCAGUCAGCCUCAAGCGCUUCGAGGAGUCCAUCAACCACGAGACGUUUUGGGUAGCGACAGAGGUGGUGCGAGAAUCUAACCAACUCAAGCGCAUGAAGAUUGUGAAGCACUUCAUCAAGAUCGCUCUGCACUGUCGAGAAUGCAAGAACUUCAACUCCAUGUUUGCCAUCAUCAGCGGCUUGAACUUGGCUCCAGUCUCCAGACUGAGAGGGACAUGGGAGAAGUUACCUAGCAAGUAUGAGAAGCUGUUUGGGGACUUGCAGGACCUGUUUGACCCUUCUAGGAACAUGGCCAAGUACAGAAAUGUCCUCAACAAUCAGAACCUCCAGCCACCAAUCAUACCACUGUUCCCAGUCAUCAAGAAGGAUCUCACCUUCCUACAUGAAGGCAAUGACUCUAAAGUGGACGGCCUGGUGAACUUUGAGAAACUUAGGAUGAUUGCCAAAGAAAUCCGUCACGUUGGUCGCAUGGCUUCAGUCAAUAUGGAUCCUUCCCUCAUGUUCCGUACCAGGAAGAAGAAGUGGAGAAGUUUAGGCUCUCUAAGUCAGGGCAGUGCCAAUGCAGCAGUGCUUGACGUCAGCCAGACAGGCGGGCACAAGAAGCGGGUGCGACGCAGCUCCUUCCUAAAUGCCAAAAAGCUCUACGAGGAUGCCCAGAUGGCCAGAAAGGUGAAACAGUACCUGUCCAACCUGAGCCUGGAGACCAACGAGGAGAGCCUGCAGACGCUAUCCAUACAGUGUGAACCCUCCAUCAGUACAUUGCCCAAGAAUGCUGGUGGAAAACGACCAGAUACAUCACCAGUUGUGUCCAGAGCUGCCAAUCAGCAAAGGGGCCAGCUGGCCAAAGGAAACCAAGCUCUGCAGGUUCCCGCUGUGGCCCUCUACCCAUCACGAAAGAGAGUUCCUGUCAAGGAUCUGCCACCUUUUGGCACCAGUUCGCCCCAGUCGCUGAAAAAGAUCCUCUCUCUGUCUGAGGAGGGAACCGAUCGACACAGAAGACAGCCUGAGGAUGCGAUGUCCAAUGCCUCUUCCCAGCUCUCUUCCCCUCCCAGCUCCCCACAGAGCUCCCCCAAGAAGGGCUACAGCCGGACGGGGGAUGCCUACUCAGACUCUGGUCACAGUGAGAUGUCGUCCCGCUCCAUUCUCAGUAACUCCUCCUUUGACAUGGCUCAGGAGGAGAGGAGGCUCCGGCACUCUGGGGGAGUUUGUGAAUCCCACUUGGGGGGACCUCGGCUGGAAAGAAGAGCCACAACUGACCCCGACCAGUACAGUCUGGGGUCCUAUUCAUCCAUGCAGGACUGUCGGGGCAUAUACGCUGGCUGCCACACAGUACUGUCCUCUCCCAGUUCAGAGGAACUGACACAAGAUCAGGGGGAUCGAGUAUCCCUAGAUGCUGCUGAUAGCGGCCGUGGCUCCUGGACAUCCUGCUCUUCUGGUUCCCAUGACAACAUCCAGACCAUGCAGCAGGGACGUAGCUGGGAGACUUUGGCUUUUGGCAGUGGAGGCGGAGGACUCCCGUCAGGACACGAGGCCUUAUUAGGAGGUCCUGCUGCUUUGUGGGCAGCGCAGGCUCGGGGGAGCUGGGCGUCUGCCAGCUCCUCCUCAUCCUCGGCAGCAUACUGGGGGGAGGACUCAGAGGGAGAUACUGGCACAAUUAAGAGAAGAGGAGGAAAGGAUGUGAACGCCGACCCAGAGACGAGUAGCAUCACUUCCACCGGGUCCGAGGAGGCCAAGCAGCUUGGGCGGCCGUCUCCGUCACCCAUCACUGCUGGGGGUAAAAGCUUUGUUUCCCGAAAGGAGGGACGUUUUCGUGAGCCUCCACCCACUCCACCCGGCUACACUGCCCUGACCAUCUCUGACAUGACAGAUGGGCAGCACCCAGCAACAUCUGCUCCUUCAACCACUGCAACCCACUCAAACCGCCGGCCGCCGGACUACACCACGGCUCUGCAGCGCUCGCGCAUGGUCACUCAGUCCCCCGACUCCCACCAGGCCCAUCAGGGGACCAAACACUGGGUGGGGGGCCUCCACCGCACCUGCUCACCCACUGAGGAUCAAGAGGAGGAAGAAGAGGACGGUGAGUCCUUGUGUUCCAAACUAGUGGCUCUGAGGAAACCAGUGACUCAGCAUUCACCUGAGACUCCUCGACCAUGAGAGUGUGUGGGGUUAACAUGCAGGUCCGCUGUCCCCCUUAAGGCAGAUGAUGAACAGGUGUCAGCGGUUUGAGGGACUACAGAGGACUAGGUUUUGCAGUGACUUGAAGCCCCCCGUCAUCUUCCUACCCCCUAUAGGGUCCAGGGUGGGCAGAAUUAAAGAGACGGACUCAUUGGUUACGAAUGUGCCUGUCCUCUCCACUCGGCUCCCCACUCUGCUCCUCACUGGUGGAUUCUUCUGCUCGUCUCCCUCCCCUGCCUUAAAGCAUCAUGGGGGGUUUGGUGACCCUGCAUGCUAAAAUAUACUGUGAAGAAGAGGUGGAGAGGUCAAAGACGAUGACAGACAUGUCUGGCGCUUUGGACUAGUUGAAUCAAAUGAAAAACUCCAGAAACAUAAACUAAGAGGGGCUGGACCAAGCCACACACACCCAGGUCCAGACUGUCGUUAGAAAUGGGAUGGAUUCCUGAAGACUGCUCCCCACCCCACCUCCUCAUCAGUGACAAAGCCCCUCCCCCCCAAACCCACCCAUUAACAGAAGCUUCAUCCGCACUUUCUCGUUUUCUACUUUCUUCAAAGACGGAGCAGUUCAAACCAACAUGACUGUUGUUGAAGGCAGAGAGAAACGGCCGACUCGAAUCAUUUUCAACUUCCCACAAGGUUUAGUUCCCUGUCAUUGUCUUUGUUUUGUUGUCUUUUAAACGAUUGCACUCUGGGGGCAGCAAUGAGAAACCAAGUCAGCUCAUGAUUUCUUUGCCUGGACUGAAACAACCCAUCUGUUGUUGAGUGUUUGAACUUUUAAAACCAGUAUUAUCUCACGUGUGGAGACGCAACAUGCAGUGUACUGACAUCCCUGUUGCCUGCACACAUUUUAUAUAUCAGUACAGACAUUCAAAGGGUUUAAUUCUAAUGAAAAGCACUUUCAGCACAAUUUUAGAGGUUACUGGAUAUUUGGCUUAAAUAGCAGGGUAAAAAUAUGAGCAUAUCUUUGUCUGGUUCCAUCUUUACUUCCCUUUUUUUUAUCUUCUUUCUUUUUGUUGCACCAAGACGAGCACUGUUUUGACCCCUAGAUGACUUUAAAAAAGCACAUGUUGGUGAAAAGGAUAUGAAUUUCUAUCCAUCCCUGUCGGUGAGUCAGAAACACACAGAAAUCAGAGUUCAGACUGUGGGCACCAAGUGAGAGCUCUGCCCGUUGGUUUUGGUGUGAGACCCCAGUUGAGCUGGGGCGGUGAACGUCAGCACAUUCAGAAGAAUUUCAGCUCUUGCAGCAAGCUCUAAUUAAGAAUUGACUCUAAAAAAAAAUUUCUCACAACCUGAUCUUGUGAAUGUCUGAGAGCCUUAAGAUGUCAUAAAUGUUUUUACGUGGUCGUCCACAAACUAAAUCAUCCCGUUUCAAAUCACGCUGGGAUGAAAUGCCUUAUUUGGGAUACUUCCCCUUUCCUUCUUUUGAUUAGAUUUUAUUGAGGUCAGGUGUUUGUUGGUUUUGUUUUCGUGGCUCCAGACAGCAUCAUCAGGUUCAGACUGAACUCCUUAUUGGACCCUGCUGCUGAGCUCUUGGAUUCAUCAUCAGAAACUCGUCUCAUCUUGUUCCAAACAUCAGCUCUCUGGGUGUCGUCCCACUCAAACACCUGCAUCCAGUUUUCCAGCAUAUCUGGCGUUGACUGAAGAUUUGGAUUUUUGACUCCGGUGGAGAAGUUGACAUAUGAAGUACUUUUUCUUUCUUAUUUUUUUAUACGCUGCCAAUCACAACCUAAAAACAGAUUUUCCUUUAUCACUCCUUCACGCUGAUCACAUUGAUCAGUUUUGGAAACCACAGACUGAGUAAAAAAAAUGAACGACUGCAGUGUUUUCCACUGUGUUCUGUGACUACACACUAAUGAUUUUUUUGUUAUGGCUGAAGCUAGAUUGUUAAUAAUUUGUUAAUACAGUGGUGACAUGCAUCAUUCACUUUCAUUUAACUCUGAAGAUAAUGUGCAUAAUUAGCAGGUGGAGUCUUAUUUGGAGAAACAAAAAGUUGCACAGUAACGUACAAGCGUAAAGAUAAGUGUAGUAGGUAGAGCUGCUACUCCGUUUGGUGUGACGUCAGUGAGAUCUGUACAUUUAGCUGGUGAUGACCUUUCCUUCAUUCUUUCUUGUACUACUUUAACCUGUAUGUCUUUUAAAAAGACAAUUGGUGGAGUAUGUAUCAGUUGUUUUUUUGUAUUUUUAAUACAAUAAUUGUAAAUAUUGGUUAUAUUUUUGUUCAAAUGUAAAAUGUUUAUGCCUCAACAUCCAGUUUAUAUGAAGCUGGGAAUCAAUAAAUACUGCAUAAAGACCAAGGUUUAAACGCAUUUCUUCAUGUUUACUUUUUGUGCCCCCUCCCUUAAGAAAUGUUGGAAUAACUCAUCUUACAGACUGUAACAUUCAUACUUUUCUAUCUGGCCACAGGGUGUCAGAAUGAAUAAAAGCUGAGAUAUUAAAAUCG